CAGAUAUGGGGGGCGUAAUUCAGAUGGAGGAUAUGUCGACGCUGGAGAUAUACAUUGAGGAAUCCUGUGACACUUAUGGUACUCAAUCAACAUCAAAUGAUGUUGUAUCUAGGCAUGAUGUCAAAGCAGGGGUGAAUGCAGGGAACUCCUCAAAGGCUCUUGUACUGGGCAUGGUUGUACAGGAAGAUGGUAGGUAUUUGCACAACGGUGCAUCACUUGUGGAUGAGCAGGGAAGUGAUGAUGAUGCUGACGAGAACAUCAAUGGUGAUGACAUGACAGUAUCUGAUGAAGAUGAUGGUGAUACUGUCACGGCAACUGCCCCAUCUAUCCACUUUACUAGAAUGUAUGAUCUCUCUGAAGGCUUUACUGAUGCGUGGAUGAGUGGAUCAGGUGAGAAAAGGUUUACCCCUCGAUGGGGAGUUUGAGGUCGGUCAACAGUUUGACAACAAAGAACAAGUCAUCAAUAUGGUGAGCUUGUAUUCUAUCAAACGAAACCAAUUUUAUCGGGUGAUAGAGUCUGAUAAACACGAAUGGGUGACACAAUGCAAAAGGAAGAAAGAAUGUGAUUGCCCCUGGAGAAUACGUGCCACAAAGAACAAAGGCAACCUGGAUAAGUGCCGCGAGCACCUGCGGGGUUUGUCGCAUUUGCACGUCGACGACAGGGUACUAGCAUAUGUUCGUGCUGCGGGUUUUUAUAUUCUGCACAGAUUAGUGGCUACUGUGCCUCUAGAUAAAGCGCUUCUCACUGCUCUACUUGAGCGUUGGAGGCCGGAGACACACUCAUUUCACCUCCCUGUUGGUGAGGUGACAGUGACAUUGGGAGAUGUUGUUGUACUUACUAGGUUAGAGGUUGAUGGGAGAGCUGUUAUAGGCACUGCUUGUCGACAGUGGGUAGAUGAGUGUGAGCGGUUGUUAGGUAUCUGCCCCGUUCUUAGGACUGACCUUCAGGGGUCAUCUCUGAGGAUGCCAUGGUUGAGGGAGCACUUCCAGGUGCUUCCUCCGGACGCUGAUGAGGUGAUGAUUCAGCAGCACGCCCGGGCAUAUAUCUUGAUGCUGAUGGGAGCUUCCAUUUUCGCUAACAAGAGCGGAAAUGAGAUUUAGGUGUUUCACUUGCCUAUGCUAGAGAGGUUUGAUGUAGCAGCACAGUUCAGCUAGGUAGUGCCACACUCGCUUAUCUGUACAGACAGCUGUGUCGUGGCUGCCAGAGAGGGAGCACAGAGCUUGGGGGAUUUUUGCUACUCCUCCAGAUUUGGUCAUGGGAGUAUAUCCACAUUGAGCAUCUCAUUGUAGUCGCAUAUCAUGGCAUUGAUGGACACCCACUGUCUGGUGAGCCUACAGGUGUUCUAGGACCGCAUCACGUACGGGGCGAGGACCCUCUAGGCCGUCGAUGGCUACUAGGCUCGGUGUGUACAAGGAUGCAUUUGAUCGGAUGCCUGAGGAUCAGAUUACAUGGAUGCCGUAUACACCUGAGAUGUUUGCAGAGUUGCCCCCAGCUGGACGAGAGCAUAGUCACAUAUGGCGAGCACGUGUGCCGUUGAUAUGUUUUGACAUUAUUGAGCUUCAUUUGCCUGAUAGAGUCUUGCGAUAGUUUGGGUUUGAGCAGGUCAUUCCACGGCCUAUCGACACUUAUGUUGAGUUGCAUAGGCUGGAUAGGCAUGGGAAGCAUACUGAGGAUUAGGCACUCAGACAUGUCCGAUACGUCACUAUGUGGGAAAGGCGAGCUGAGCUAGUUGUGGCUGGGACACCGACAUUUGUCCCAUCUGUUUCAGGAGACUAAAUGGGAUGAUAUUACAACAUCACUCGUUUGUUUAUGUCUCCUUCGUUCAGACUCCCUACUCAUCAUUAUCAGCCUAGCUCCUUGGCUUUGCAUCUUACAACACGAGCUUUGCAGCGCAUACAUUAGCGGGCUACUGCCACUGUGACUGAUACUCAUGAUGUGGACAUGUAUGGACAGGCUCUGACAGACAUUGCCUCCUUGUGUUCAGAUGUGUUGGGGCAAGUCGACUAUAGGCCUCUUAUACACAUGCCCCCAUCUCAGGAGAUGCCAUCCAUGUCUAGUGUAGCGGCGGCUUCAUCAUCCGAGACAGCAUGAGAGAGUGGUUCUUCAACCACGACAACAGCGUAGGCGUAGACAUGAGCAGCAACAUCUCCAAGACCAAGCUGACGAUGAGAAUUUGCAGUUUGUCUUUUGUAUUGCAGUUUUUCUUAUACAGUAGAUGUUGUAGGAACAAUUUACAACAUUUUACGUAUUUUCUCUUGUAAACUCUUGUAUGUUGUCUUGAUGUGUUCGAGUAUGAAUAUUAGAUGAUUACUUGUUAUGAAUAUUGGAUGAUUGUACUGUAUUAUACCGGCUAUGAAUGUAAGGUUUUGUAUUUG